UCGGUGAUCCAGCCAAAGGGAAAAGUCAAGUUUGUGUCUGAGAAUUUUACAGCUAACUAUACUAGGCCAUCUUCUGGCUAUGAUUGCCACGUGGCUGCAAAUACUAACAAGGUUUCUGACAAGACGAGUCAUUUUCGUGCCUUUGAACUGAGUCAGUAUUACCUUUAUGAACUCUCGGGCAGCACUGUUGCCAAGCGGCCCAGACAGAUCUGUCCAUAUGUAAUUGUGGCUUUUCAAUACAGGGAACCCAAAAAGAUGGCAGCACCGGCUUGUGAAAGCAUACUUGAACUCAGUGAAAAUGUUCUCACAUCUCCAUGGAAAGGGAAAUUAACUAUUCAAGGCUGUAUGCUAUGUGAUAUAACUCUCUGGCCCACUUACGGUACAGUGCUCCCAGCACAGCUACCACAGGAACUAGAUUUUAAGUAUGUAAUAAAAGUGUCUUCCUUGAAAAAACGACUACCAGAAGCUGCCUUUAGAAAACAGAAUUACUUGGAGCAAAAAGUCUGUUGCCAAGGUUUGUGCUUCCAUCUGUAUGAGGUGGAACUGUCAAACAGACAAGGGGAAAAAAUAGAUAAGCUAUCAGAAUACAUUAAAAAGAACCAAUUGGCAAUUAUCAAAUGCUUAGAAGAUCGGGGGGUUUUCAUUUUACUUACAUCAGCAGCCUUAAUAUCAGAGUCAGUUUUUGGAGCUGCGCAGAUGGAUCUGCAUGGGCUGCAUUUGUUCCGUUCACCCCCGUUAGCAGGGGUGAAGGAUUUGAAAGUUGAAGAUGACAUCUCAGUGAAGGUGAUACCUAUUUUACCCACCCUUAAUCGUGCCCUGCGAGAAGCAAAGAAAUCACUUCCUGAAGAAGCAGCCCGUCCAAACACAUUAGUAAAGCAUCAUUUCCAAGAAUUGUGCAAGAUGCACAGAAGCACUUCCCUGACUGCUCCUCCGCAGGGUGGCAUUAAGGAGACUGCAUUCUUUGGGAAGCUGUCCAGUGGCUUUGACUGGGUUCCUCCAGCUGAAAAGUGUCCUUCAGAGUCCUUAACUCAGCUGAAGUCUUAUUUUUCGGAUCCUAGUGGUUAUAUUUUUGAAGUGUCUACUGCUUUGGAUUUGGUAGCAGAGCCUCCUCAGUCUCCUUGUGUUUCAGAUGGCAUUUGUGAUGCUGGAUUUUCUUUAGUUAUGACUCCAGAUCCUGAACUUCUUGACUCAGAGGCAGAAGUAAGAAAAGAAACUGAAAUGAAAAAGAAAUCUGAAGAAAUUUUGAAAGUAAAGAAGGGAGUAGUGGUUCCACUGGGCCGAGCAUCAAAUCUGAGAGUGCAGCCGAAGAGGAAGGCCAGCAUGCCUCCCGCCGUGCAGAGCAAGACGGUGAACUUGUGCCGCCCCCUUCCCAAAAGAACUGCUCCCAGAGCAGACAGUGGCUUGGAUUCUCCAACAACUCUGAAGUUAGUUAAAGGACAGUUUCCUCAGAAAAGAAAAAGAGGUGCGGAAGUGCUGGCUGCACAGUUUGUACAGAAAACCAGAUUGGAUAGGAAAAACCAAGAAGCUCCUGUUUCUAAAGAUGUUCCAGUGGCAACAAAUGCUAAAAGGGCAAGGAAACAAGAGAAAACUGCAGUCAAAACUGUUCCAAGGGCCAAGCCACCUGUGAAGAAAUCUCCACAGAAACCAAGGGUAAACGCAGUCAGAUGCAAUCAGAACCCCAGACUCAGAAAGCAGCCACGGCCUGCCAAAAGACAAACUGCUUCACAGCUUCAAUCAGAAAUUUCAUCAGCUGGUCAAGAAGAUGGUAUUAGCAUAAACACAGUUCAACCAGAAAAUACCGCAGUGGCUCACAAAGAUCUCCCUGAAAACUCCAUUGUCAACUGUGACUCUCAGGCCCUGAAUUUGUUAGCUGAUCUGGCGUUAAGCUCUGCUACCUCUUCUGCACCAGCAUCUGAGCCUAGAAACCUUCCCUGCUCCUCUGAAUUGCCAGAAAAUGAUGUGAUGCUCUCCAAAGAAAAUUCUUUGCGAGGUACAUCUGACCAUGAAUAUCAUAGGGGAGUUAAAAAUCAAAAAGGAGGAUUAUUACCUAAACCCUCCUCUGAUAAUAAGAGUAAUUCUGGGUCAGACUUGCCUGUUAGCCAAGAUGAAGAGAGCUUGGUUCCUUGCAGUCGGGCCCCUGCUAAAGCCCAGGCAGCACUUACUGAGGACAAACCGGAACCCUCGGAUGCGAGCCAGAGCACUUUCGUUUCUGUGGAGCAUUCGUAUGCCCUGCUCCUUGCAGGACAUUCAAAGAAACAUCCACAGCAGAGAGGGGUCCCAGGCCCUGCCUUUGCUAAGAACGGGACAAAAGGCCCUGAAGCAGGGACCCCGGUGGGGAAAGUCAUGCCGUUCCGGCAUCAGCAGAGCAUCUCCCCUCUGCAGAAGCUUCCUGAAGAUGCGCUGAUGAAGCGUAAGAGCCGACUGAUGUCUUCCAGCCUGAAAGAUUUUUACUGCUCUCACACCGUGUUUAGCUAUGAUGGCUCCUUCAAGGUCACUUUCAAAUGUGAAGCAGAAUAUGCGUUCAGCUUAGAUAGCAGAUACACCAACAACCCGCUAGAGAAAACUGUAGUAAGAGCGUUACAUGGGCCCUGGAACAUCGAUUUGCCUGAUAAUGUGGAAGAAGUGAAGCUUUUACUCCAUACGUGGGUAGCUCUGUUUUACAGCACUCGGAACACAGUCAUACGAUCAUCCCGCAAAGUGGUAGAGCACAGCAACCCUGCAAAAUAUGUGUCUAUAAAUAGCACGUUCGACUCUUGUGAGCUCAAUGAACCGGAGGAUUCCCCUUGUGUGGAAAUGUGUUCUGCAGACCCUCUGUCAGAGACCAGCGAAGCUUCCAGGGGUCAUGCUGCCGAAGUGUCCUUCCCCGACCCCCACUGCCUGCUUCCUCUCGUUAAACCAACACCCGCCAGAGGCUUCGCACUCUCUGUACGGAAUGAACAGGAAGAAAUUUUUGUAAGAGAGUGUCAUCCCGAUACCCCAGAAAGCCAGAAUUUCCUUUUUUCCUGUAAUAAUGAGAUAAUUGGGGAAAAAGCUAAAGAAGAAUCAUCAGAUAAACUAGAGACUUCUAAUCUUGUGCUUUCUGGUAUUGGAAGUACUGAAACUAACAGACCUUCUAUUCCUGGUGAAGAUGAAACCCUUCAGCUGCUAGAUAGCACAAGGGUGGCUUCUUACAAUGGUAAUGUCACUCAAGCCACAUUCACCACGACCUACAAUGGGAUCAGUAGUCAGCCGGUUAUGCUUCAGAAGUCUGUGUACAGCACGCUGGAAAACAAAGUUGAUAUUCUUCAUGCACAAGUACAGACAAAGUCAGGUGCUUUUCAGGACCUUAUCCGGCAUGGCAGCCCCAUAAGCAGUGAGUGCCAGCCUUCCUUUGAAGGGAAGGAUGAUGAUACGGAGUAUGUAGUGAUUAAUCUGGAGCCAGUUACUUUCACUUUUGACAAAAAUGCCUAUGUACCAGUACAGACAGAAGUUGUAAAUAGAGCUGAUAAACCUACACCAUUUAAUAAGGAGUUGAUUAAACAAGUAUCACCUGCUGCAAGUCUUAGACAUCCUGUAUCCACAUUGGAAAUGGCACCAACACAAGGUCUCAGGGACAUUCCAUCUCUAGCAGUAUCAGGACAGAAGGGCACUAAAUACCUUUGUGUCUCCUCAGUAAGUGGAGAGACGCUUGAUAAAGAAAUGCGUUCAUUACAGAAAGAGAUGCCUCUUCCGGGCUCAUCGCCAUCGGAUAGUGCAGUGGUAGGGGAGGCGUUAUCAUUAGUUAGAGGAUCCGGUUAUCCAUUACCCAGUGAAGAAAUGAAACACUCUCAAGAUUUCUUUCUACAGACUCAGAGUCUCUGUGGCAUACCUUCAGAAGAGGCUGCAGAGCCAACAGAGGUUGACAUAGACUCAUCAUCAGCCUCUACCACCUUGGAAAAGAAUUGUUCACUUAAAUGCACUGCAUCAAGUAGCACAUCAGAUGGCUCUUUAGAACUAAGCAAGAAUGUCAGGAGUGUUCUAAACAGUGAAAAUACGAAUUUUGAAUCAUUUAACUCAGUAUUUAUCAAACAAACCAGCCUAUCUGUGAAUAGAGAGGAGGUCAGCCUAGAGUUAUCAGAGGAAGAUUCUGAUAUUGACUUAACUCUCACAAUAUCACCACCUACAAGUCCCAGAGAAGAAAUGCCAGCUAGUGAGAUAGAGCAACUUCAGGAGGCCCCAUUAUCAAAUUUAGAACCUCAGGAUAUAGCUGAAGAAACAGUCGAGCCAGAAGAGCUGACUCUCACAGAAAACAGAGAAGUGAAUUCUGCUGGUUAUGUGUCUGUAUAUCCUGCAGUAUCAGAAGAACCAGUAGAAAAUAAGAAGACAAAAGGUGAUAAUCUGCAACCAGUUACUUUAAUACUUUCUAAGGAAAACUGCACACUUGAGAUUGCAGAGGAAAUUAAUGUGACUUCUGACUUUCGCUUUGAUUCUCUAAUUGAGGAAGUGUCACCAGCUUCCAGUCCUGAUGUCCCAGGACCAGUGGAAGAGACGAGACCGUUUCAGGCUGUGUCUCCUUGUGCUUUAAGACUUCAUGGUACACAGUAUAAAAAGAAUAAUGGAUUCUCCCAUUUUGUGUCAGGAGAUUUAGGCCUAACAGAAAAAGAAAAUUCUUGUGUCAGUCCUACCCAUCCAGUGGGACAAGAUAACUUAACUCAGGUACAACAAAUACAGCUCUCUGCUGAAAUGCCUCUAAUAUUAACUCACCACGCAGGAAGAAAAGGUAGACUAACCCUCCCUGGUAAAGUAACUGAGGAAGUUGUCCCAGGUGAGUGCGAUGAGAGUUUAUCUUUCUCAGAAAAGGUGCAGUGCUGUGGUACAGAGUUAAACCAACCUGCCUUAGCUGCUGAAUACAGAGGUGACUUCAAACCUCCUCUCGAAAAACUGGUGAAAUCAGGAAAUCCGUUGCAGCCAGUAAGUAUAGAGAACAGAAAUUUGGACUUAAAACAUCUUGUCCCGGGGUCCAGUGAACUUCUGUUUAAUCCUAAAAAGGUUAUUGAAAGUAAAUCUUUGGACAUUAAGAAGAAUCUCUUUAACAGGGAUGUGAAAACACAUGAAGGCAGUCACAUGCAGGUUAAGUCCUUGAACCCUGCCUCAGUUGGUGGAGCUUUUGCCACACAGGCGUACGUGCACUCGGAGAUCGCAGCACUUGGUUCUUCCUCAGAUCGUGCCACGUUAGCCCAUUAUAUAAGACCAAUGAAUGUAGAGCCAGGGUUUCAAACACAGGAAAUAUCAGUAGUCAAAAUGGCCAGUUUGCUUAAGAACAAUGAAACUGAAGCAAAGUUGCAUGAAGAAACCAUAGAUCUAGGCACCGUUGACCCUCAGUCCAAUGCCACAUCUUCAAAAAGUGAACAAAAAGCAAUCCACAUGUUGCAAGAUGUGUCACAGUGUGUAUCAAAGGAGCUGUUGAAUGGUGGGGUUUUCCCCACGUGUGCUGAUUCUUGCCAGAAUACAGCAAACUUCAGUGAAAAUAUCAGUAAAGAGCCUUCUGCUUCCUUUGUUCCAGAGCCCUUUGAGCCUCCUGCUUGUGGAGUCUCUAAAGAGCACAUGGACCCCGAGAGGUCUGGUGAGGGGCUCGGGGCUGCGGCCGGGUCUGAAACCCUGGGCGGAAACGCGGAGGUCAGCGUGAAUUCUGACAUGCACUAUGAACCGCUAUCUGCAGCCUCGAAUCUAGACCCUCUGGGUGAUUGUAGAAAUCCUAAACCAGACGUGGAAGACUCUUGCACUUUGAGAGGUGGUCACACCAGGAGAAAAGAUGCUGCCAGAGAUGGUUAUGACUCUCUGAUGACCUCACACGGUGGUGAUCACAAGGACUGGAGCUGCUCUAACUGGGUUCCAGGUGAGGAGAGGAACUUUCCUCCCAGGCCCUGGGCCAGUGGAUUAAAGAAAGAGGAUAGGUGUGUGCCGCAUUACGUCCAAAUCCCGGAUCUCCGAGGAAUCCCCAGAACUUACACCAACUUCACUGUAACGAAAGAGUUCAAAGAUACAAGAACUCUACACCACCUUAAGAGGCACCCGAAUUUCACUGCAAACUGCGACCUGCUCAGCUCCUGGACAAGCACUUGGCAGGUGACAAACGACCUUACCCAGAACACUUUGGACCUGGAGUACCUGCGUUUUGCACAUAAGGUCAAACAAACCGUCAAGGACAGGGAUGGGCCGCGUCCUGCCUCCCGCGCCAGCGUCUUUGCAAGGGAGUCGCCGCUCCAGGUCGCUGUUGGCGCCUUCCCUCUGACGGCUCCUGAGGCCCCAGCUGUGCAUCCCGCGAGCAGGAACAGAAGCCCCCUGCGAGUCACAGUUGUGCACUCGGACCCCAGACGGAGCCAGCACGGGAGAGGCCCCGCACCCAGCGCUCUGGACAGCUUUUCCUCUUGUGGUCCCAGUAGAAAUCUUACAAAUUUUCCCAGAAAUCAGACUGCUUCAUUCCACCUCAACAAGCUGAAAUACAACAGUAACAGUACUUUGAAAGAAUCUCGAAAUGAUAUUUCACUUAUUCUCAGUGAAUAUGCUGAGUUCAACAAGGUGAUGAUGAAUAGCAACCAGAUCUUCCAAGAUCAAGAAUUAAACAUUGCUUCUGGAGAAGCCACCGCGCCUCCAGAGAUGUUUCUGUCUUGCCCGAGACAGUCGGCCUCCUAUGAAGACCUGAUCACAGACUUGUGCACCAACUUGCAUGUCAAACUGAAAAGUGUUAUGAAAGAGGCUUGUAAAAGCACCUUCCUGUUCUACCUUGUUGAAACAGAAGACAAAUCAUUCUUUGUAAGAACAAAGCACAUUCUGAGGAAGGGGGGCCAUACAGACAUCGAUCCGGAGCACUUCUGUCAAGCCUUUCACAGAGAGGAUGACACGCUAAUAGUCAUCAUCAGAAAUGAAGAUAUAGCAUCACAUUUGCAUCUGAUUCCUUCUUUGCUGAAGCUGAAGCAUUGCCCCAGCGUCGUCUUUGCCGGUGUCGACAGCCCUGGAGAUGUUCUGGAUCACACCUACCAAGAGCUGUUCUGUGCAGGCGGCUUUGUGGUAUCGGACAGCAGGAUACUAGAAGCUUUAACGUUAGGUGAACUGAAGGAAAUUGUGAAAAUCCUGGAAAAACUAAAUAGAAAUGCAAGAUGGAAGUGGUUGCUUCACUACAGGGAAAACAAAAAGCUAAAGCAAGAUGUGCGUGUGGAUGCAAUUGCACAUAAAAAGAACAUAAUAUUGAAGUCUUAUCAGAGUGCAGAUAUCAUCGAAUUGCUUCACUAUCACCAGUGUGACUCCCGGUCAUCGACAAAGGCAGACAUUUUGAAAUGUUUGAUAAACCUGCAAAUUCAGCACGUUGAUGCCAGGUUUGCCGUCUUCCUAACAGACAAGCCUACUAUCUCCAGAGAAGUCUUUGAAAAUAGCGGAAUCCUUGUUACAGACGUAAAUAACUUUAUAGAAAAUAUACAAGAAGUAGCAGCUCCCUUUAGGAGUAGCUAUUGGUGAUUGAACUCCAGCUUGCCUAGACUUGGAAGAUGCCAACAACAAAUUAUCUUCCCUUU